AUGCAUGUCCGCGAUGCCUCCGGGCGUCGAGUGUCGCUUUUGAACGACGACGAUACCUCCGUCACCAGCAAAUAUCAGCCUUCGUAUCAUGUUAACAGCGGAUAUGCCUCCUCAUCCUACUAUUCCCAGGCCCCACGGAGCGCCUCAUCGACACCAAACACUCCCGAGAUGCUUCGGUCUGACUCGUAUGACUCCCAGAUGAGUGCCGAGCCAAUAUCCCCACUCACGCCCCUCUACGAGCCCGCGCGGUAUGCCCCCAGGGUGGCCGAAGCCCGCUCCCCUUACGAGGACUAUCACGUAGAUAGCCAGGUCUACGCCGGCCAAAAACGCCCAGUUUCGCUCAUCGACAGCCGGUCGGCGUCGUACGAGGACGAUGCGACUGACAACGCGACUUCGAGCGAGAGGCCCGGGAAGCGGUUCCCCUGUCGCUACCGGGACAGCCACGGCUGCGAAAAGACCUUCACCACCUCGGGCCAUGCCUCCCGGCAUUCAAAGAUCCACACGGCGGAGAAGGCGGUGCCCUGUGCCUUCAAGGGAUGUACCAAAAAGUUCACACGCGCCGACAACAUGAAGCAGCACCUCGAAACCCACUACAAGGACAAGUCUCGUCCUUCAUUGUCGCGCCCUUCUCUGUCCUCAAGUGAGCGCAGAUUGUCGGCGUCGGGAAAGUCAUCAUCAAGUCGCACCAAAGCGCCAACAGAGGCGCCCUCGAUUAAAACUACCGGUAUCAGCGCCAGCUUGGCAGCCUCCUCGCCACUACCCUCCCCCGGAGGCGUCUGGGACCUGCGCGACCUGAACCUUCCGCUUCUCAGCCGGCCCAGCGCUGUACACUCCCCAAGAAGCGGGCUUGACGCUCUCGCCUUGGCAGUUGCGUGCCAGGAAGGAUCAUGA